AUGGGUGACGGAUCUGACUAUCCCAGUCCACGAAGUGAAGCCCCGCAUGGGGUCGCUGUCGCCUCCGCGCUGGCCUCCGCUACGGAGUCUCUCUCCUCAAUCGCGCGAAUGAACGAACAAGCCUCCGUUCUCGGCUACGCUACCCUGAACGGCGCUGUCGACACCACCACUACCACCCAGCCUCGUCUCGCUGAGCAACGUCUCUCUCAGCCGCGCCUUUCUGUCCGACGCGCUCGCGAUCCUCCGAAGAAUGCGGAGGGUCAGAUUUACUGCGAUCAUGCAGAUUGCCAGGCGGCACCACCUACCUUCCGCCGCCCAUGUGAAUGGAAUAAGCACAUGGACAAGCACGAUCGCCCCUACAAAUGUUUUGAACCAGGAUGCGACAAGAUCCAAGGGUUCACCUAUUCAGGCGGCCUCUUGCGCCACCAACGCGAAGUGCACAAGAAGAACAAUGAUUCCAAAAAGCCUCUGAUGUGUCCCUACGCGGACUGCAACCGCAGCACAGGCAACGGUUUUACGCGUCAAGAAAACCUUCGCGAGCAUUUGCGCCGGCGCCACAUGCACACCGACGACGGUUCCACCGGCUCGAUUCUCGUGGACAUGCCUUGGGAGCGUGCGAAUGAGCUCGAAGGCGUUCGUGCCAAUUCCCUGCCUGCUACUGGUAUCAAACGCAGACACGACUCGCCACUUGGCGAUUUGCCAAGCCACGAGGAUACCGGUGACGAUCUUCACAACGAAGUCAAGCGACUACGCCGAGAAGUCCAAGAGAAGGAUCGCCGUCUAGAGCAGCUGGAGCGCAUUGUGGCCGACCUUCAGCAGGCUAUUCCACAGGCACAUGUACCGGAGCAUGAUCCCCAACUCACUCAGGCCAUGCCACCCCUCCCCCCUCAAACUGCGAUUCACCAAGUCUAA